AUGGAUUAUGUGGAAUGUGUUACUUUCUCUUUACAGAUUGGCGUUUUCUUUCUAAUGCAGUGUUUCUGGAACUACCUAUCCAAUACAGUAGCCAAAAAGAGUUUUAUGAGUUCUUGGGAGUUUAGGCUCUACAUUAUUUGGGCUUUAUGUAGCAUGGCCAUGUUUCCGAUUCUUCAAUGGGUCUACAGAGACGAUGUUGAGAAAAGAGAAAUUAUUCCCCAACUCGCCUAUGGCUCCAUUAUCAAGCGACUUUCUUAUUUCAAAGACAUGAACUUGAUGGUGAUUGUUGUUAUUACCUGCUAUGCCUCUUCGUUUAUUAUUCUAUGUGUGGAUGGUUUGACGGAAGCUAAGAUUAUAAACAGCAAUAAGUUUGCAACAGAUGCCCUCAUUGCCAAUGCAAAUAUCUGUUCCAUAUUUUUAUGGCUUUGUUUGAUAUCCAUCUUUCAUCCUCGUCCCCAAUAUACUCGUAAACUUGUCGAAUCAACUCAAAAUGAAUCUACUUUCAGAUAUUCUACUAGUCGCCAACAAAAAGACGAAGAUAGGUCUUCUAAUCAUAUUCAUACCUCGGGAAGACCUUUAUCACCUCAAUCUCAAUUCUCGUACCAACAUGGAAAUCAUACCCGCAGUCUGGCUAUUGAAGAUCCUUACAGUAGCGAACCUGUUAUGUUCUCUAUGAUGGAUAUAUCCUCCGCUAAACAACAAUAUCAUGAAGGUUUGAGCAACGAUAUUUAUUCUUAUACCAGUGGUCACCAACAAUCAAAAUUAGCAACUGCCACAACGGUAGCACCUCAAAGGAUCAGACGCCCUUCCUGGGAGGCCUACCAUACAACAAAUUAUAGCCCGCAAUUCACUCAAGCUGGAGAGCAACAAAUGGUUCAAGAUUGGUUAAGGCAAUCGCCAAAUAGACGAAACGCAUAGAAAAAGCAUUUUUAAAAUUCCAGCUUCAUUGUUUUCUCUAUCUCUUCAUUCCAUAUGUAUUUUUAGUUCCUGUAUCGCUCCUAAUACCAUUUUAAUACCAUCUCUAAUUCAAUUCAUUCAAUAUUCGCGACUGCGGAUUCAUUAGAUAUCCCAC